AUGUCGGACACCGAGGACCUUGAGGAUCUUGACCUCUCCCCUCGCUCUGUCGACAGGUUCCUGGACCUGAUCUCGUCGUCAGGGAAUGACCAGAAGAGUAUCGAGACUCCAAUCAUGCUGAAAGAGGGGUUCAUGAUCAAGCGAGCCCAGGGGAGGAAACGUUUUGGGAUAAAGAACUUCAAGAAGAGAUGGUUUCGCCUCACUAACCACGAGUUUACCUACCACAAAACCAAAGGUAACGACGGAAUGUUUGUGGGGGCUCUUCUACGGGUUGUCAGAGCUGGUUCUAUGUCUGGUCUGUCAGUGUGCUCAAGAUCUAUGUUCCAGGUAAUCCAGCCAGAGAGGGCUCUGUACAUCCAGGCCAAUAACUGUGUGGAGGCCAGGGACUGGAUAGACAUCCUGACCAAGGUCAGCCAGUGCAACAGGAAGAGACUGAGCACCUACCACCCCUCAGCUUACCUCAACGGACACUGGCUCUGCUGUAAGAUGGCUGCCGACACAGAACCAGGCUGUACACCCUGUACUGGAGCCCUCCCAGCCAACAUUCAGCUGGAUGUGGACGGAGACAGAGAGGCAGAGAGGAUCUACUCCCUGUUCAGCACGUACAUGAACAAACUGGUCAACAUGCAAGAGGCCUGUGGCAGUAGAUCAGUAUAUGAUGGCCCAGAGCAGGAGGAGUAUUCCAGCUUCCUCAUCGACGAUCGGGAAACCUAUAAGACCCUGAGAGUGAUCAUCUCCUCUGUUCAGACACUGGAACAGCAGCACACCAAGUACAAACGAGACGUGUUCAGGAAGACCAAGAUCGGCAGCCAAGAACAUCCAAUCGGAGACAAGAGUUUUCAGUGUUACAUCCACCAGCAGUCUGAGAGCUCCACCUACUCCAUCUAGCCCCACCCACCAACCACUGCCAUGAAGCGCAGAGCUCCGCCCCCGAAGACCUGAGACCUAGCAACACUUCCUGGUUACUCCUGGUCCACGGCUUCCCAUGGUGCAUCUUUCAGAACACGGACACUCAGAGCCGAGGUCAAAUCGGGUAGAAGAGAGAGAGAGAGAGGGGAAGAGAGAGAGAGAGAGAGAAAGGGAAGACAGAGAGAUAGAG